AUGGCUGCUGCAGUAAGUGCUGCAGUCUCUCUUCCAUCCUCCAAGUCUGUUUCUCUUCCAACCAGAACCGCCACUUUUUCUCCAGAAAGAAUCAACUUCAACAAGGUGCCUUUGUACUACAGAAAUGUCUAUGGUGGUGGGAAGGUGAUCAGAGCUCAGGUCACUACAGAGGCUCCUGCCAAGGCCGAGAAGAUUUCCAAGAAACAGGAAGAAGGUGUAGUCGUCAACAAGUACAGGCCCAAGGAACCAUACAUUGGCAGGUGCCUUCUCAACACGAAGAUCACCGGCGAUGAUGCCCCUGGAGAAACCUGGCACAUGGUCUUCACCACUGAGGGAGAGAUCCCUUACAGAGAAGGCCAAUCCAUUGGGGUGAUUCCAGACGGUAUUGACAAGAAUGGGAAGCCUCACAAGCUGAGGUUGUACUCAAUUGCAAGCAGUGCCCUCGGAGACUUUGGAGAUUCUAAGACUGUCUCUUUGUGUGUUAAAAGGCUCGUUUACACCAAUGACCAAGGAGAAAUUAUUAAAGGAGUUUGCUCAAACUUCUUGUGUGACUUGAAACCUGGAUCUGAAGUGAAGAUAACUGGACCUGUUGGGAAAGAAAUGCUUAUGCCAAAAGAUCCUAAUGCAACUAUAAUUAUGCUUGGCACUGGAACUGGAAUUGCCCCUUUCCGCGCAUUCUUGUGGAAAAUGUUCUUUGAGAAACAUGACGACUAUAAGUUCAAUGGUUUGGCAUGGCUUUUCUUGGGUGUUCCCACGAGCAGCUCACUGCUCUACAAAGAGGAAUUUGAGAAAAUGAAGGAAAAGUUUCCGGAUAACUUUAGGUUGGACUUUGCUGUUAGCCGAGAACAAACCAAUGAGAAAGGUGAGAAGAUGUACAUCCAGACUCGGAUGGCUCAAUAUGCCGAAGAACUAUGGGAAUUGCUCAAGAAAGAUAACACCUAUGUCUACAUGUGUGGACUGAAGGGCAUGGAAAAGGGGAUUGACGAAAUAAUGGUUUCAUUGGCUGCUAAAGAUGGUAUUGACUGGAUAGAUUACAAAAAGCAGUUGAAAAAAGCAGAGCAAUGGAAUGUGGAAGUCUACUAA